AUGGAAAUAAAUUAUAAUCAAAAGAAUACACAAAAACGUAACAGUAAAAUUAAAGCCAGUGCGUAUAAUGUACAACCAACGGGUAAAAGUUUAAGUUAUGCUGAAAGGGGUGACUCAAAGAAGUUAGUUUUAAAAUCAGGUAAAUUAGAUGUUUCAAAAUCUAAUAAAACUGACGAGGCCGCCAAAAAAGCAAAGUCAAGUCAUAUCCACACUGUAGCACUUACAAGUCCCCGUAACGUUAAAUCUAAUGUACUCAACGACGAUAAGAAUAAAGAAGUAAAAAGUUCCUAUCAAGACAUAGAACUAAAAUUGUCAAGGCUUCAAAAUGUAAAAUCGAAAACAUCAAAAGUGCUUGAUGGGAAACAAAAAGUAGCACUAAAUAUAAACAAUGAGUUAUCAAAACAAACAAACGAAAAUAACUCGAAUUUGGGUAGAGAAAAUUUAGUUUGUCGUGCUAGAAUUGAGAAAACUAAAUGUAAUGAAAGAACUGAUAACUUGGUACACGAUACAAAAGAUAAGAAACCUAAAAACACAAUAUUGAUGCCAGUAAAAGGAGAGAUAUCGAUUCAAAAAGCUUUUAAAGAAAAUAUGAGUUUAGAUCCGAAAAAGGAUAAAAUACAUUCUGCGGAUGCGAAGCGUGAUGUUAGGUUAAAAUUCAUGCAAAAGGAAAUUAAAUCCACACUACAAGCUGACAGUAGACUCGAUCCAGUGGACAGUACUAUAGAAGCCCAAAUCGAAGAAUUGCUAAAAGUAAGACAGAGCGAGAAAAAUAAGAUCGUAAAUAGCAAUUAUACUGAGAAUAAGGAUAAUACAAAAGUCGCGGACGCAAAAGAAAUGAGGAAAAAGAUUAGAGAAAAAUAUACAAUUCGGCACUAUACUAGUACAGAUAUGAACGGAGCAAAUGUUGGGAUGAAUGAAUGUACCCAAAAAGUUUGCGGGGACCACAAUCAGAACAAGGAUAAAUGGGACAGCAAGUCAGUCAGCACGAAGACCAUGGACUCACGACACAAAUCUGAAAAAUCGACACGUAAACCGGUAAUAAAGACGAUUCGUUCUAAGCACAACGCCAAAAUCUACAAAGCUGUCACAUUUACAGAAUCGAAAGCACGCGAAACGACGCCUAUCGAAAUAAAAAUACCCAGUGAUGCAAAAGAAACAGGGAGAGUAGAGAGACGAGAGUCGAACGACAGAAGCACAGAGAAAUCACAUUCGAGUAGAAGUAAAUCGAUGAGAAAGAAACAACGGAAACGGCAUAGACACUUCCCCUCCCCAGAUCCGAUUCGCGACGGGGAGUCCCCGCCAACAGAAGUUGCAAAAUGGGCGCCUAGUUGCGUGAACAAACUAACAAUACCGUACUACGAGGCGUGGGUAGAUACCACUUUAACGGCCAUCACUAAAUGCUCGAAGGAGGACAAGAUACAAGAGAAGAAGAAUUUAUUGAAUUCAUUCAAACGUUUCAUAGAAGGUGCGGAGUCUCCGGAAUUGGUGUAUGACGGAAUGGACGAAAAGUAUACGGGCAAAAUUAAAAUACGGCGGAAAAACACUGAAAUCAUUAACGGGUUUUAG